CACAGAUUAUCUAAACUAAAAUGUCGUAGUUUUCCUGAAUUUUACUGUUUGUUUUCUAAAAAUUGCAAAGAAAGAAUAAUUUUGUCUCAAAAGUAACAAAAUUAACUGGUUAUGAUUAAGAAAAGAAAACCAUGUUUAAUGCAAAGACUAUUGUGUUUUAAAUACGGACUGAUAGUGUGUGAAGUUUUGUGUACAAUGAAUUUGUAUCCGGAAUCAACUAUGUCAUAUUUUAGUGUUUAAUUUUGUGCAAUAUGUUGAUUUUAUCUUACAAUGACUGAGAGAGGGUUCGACAGUGAACAAUCAACUACUUCCUGGGAUAUCCCUGGGCCCUCUUCCCUCGCAGCCAUCCUUGAUACGGCGUUCUCGUCUACUGUUGAUAACCAGUCUGGAAAUGAGGAAAUGGAAUGCGACGCCCUUUUUGCAGAGAGUGAUGAUGAUGUAGAAGUGCUGCCAUCAUCGGAAACUUCUCGCGGCGUGAACCACUGCAACAUCAAUGUGUCCACUGGCUACGUGCGAGCUUCACAGCCCUACGAAGUGUCUGUAGAGCCGCUGUCCCACCCCGUGUCGUCACGGACACCUGUUCCAGAGGAGUAUCAGCCGUUGCCCGACAGCUCUAGUGUGUCAAACUAUAUCGGAGACAACAUACACCCAGGAAGAGUGCCAGAACAUGCCCACAUUCGCUACCAACCUAAAGUGAACAACUACUACCCUCCAUACUCACGGUUCAAUCCCGCAUUCCAUCCAACCCGUGAGUAUGUAGUGACACCAUAUCAAACCAAUAAUGUCAUUGUUUUGAAUGAAGACAGAAAUUACAGGCCUCAGCCAUUGUAUGAGUACAACAUGCCAAACCCUGUACUAAGAAAUGAUAGAUCACAUGUGCCACUAAGAUAUAAUCAGUUACAUCCAAAUUAUAAUCACGCACACAACUCCCGAGGGCCUCCUUUGCCUGAUAGUGAAAAUCAACCAAUUAAUUUGGAGAGGCCCAGCAGAAGACUUAACAUAUCACCUAGAAGGAGGCAGUCCAAAGAAACUGAGGGUAGCAGUUACCCUAUAGAAGUCAGUUCAGAAGAGGAGGACAAUAUGGCUGCACCAAGAAAACGUCAAUGUGAUAAUGGGGCCGGGGCAGCCCCACAAAUUAAGAUAGAGCCACACCAAGAGAAUCAACCAGCUAAUGGAAACUGCAGCUACUCCACUGCACCAGUCAAGGUGGAUAUAAAGAGAGAACCGCAUGAUCACUCGGAACAGUCAACUCGAGCUGCUGGUGAUGCUGAGGCAAGCAGAAACUUGGUGCCAACAAAUAGCAAUGGCCCAUCACAAGCAACCAUACAGCAAGGCAGUUCAAACAGUCAUCAGGCUCCUGUCCGUAUAAAGCAGGAAAACACUACAGUCAACCAUGAUCACAUCCGCACACAUCGCUGCAUAUACAAUCAUGUUCACAGUUACAUCCCGAACUAUUCAACUAGUCACUGUGACCGUGCACCCCACCAUCACCACUACCACAGAUUAAAUGCAGUUCCUCGGAAUACUCAGAACCCUGGACCUCCUGACGGUUUAAACAUAGUUUCACGUAUCAAGCAAGAACCUGGGACUUCUGAGACAAGUCAUCAAGCUAGCACAGCUGUGCAGCCUAGUACAGCAAUGCCAGUAUCAUCUAUUAAAGUUGAGCCAAACGUAACUCAAGUCAAAACAGAACCAGGGUCAACCGGUCUUGAUUUGGUAACUACUAGAGCUCCAGAAGUGAGUGGAAAUGUAGUUGUGAAGCAGGAAGUAGAUGCUACAGGAAUGGGUGGUGAUAUUGACGCUGCAGGGGACAGGAGGCCGCCUGCGUCUCCGCAGCCAGGACCUAGUGCUCAAGCCAGCACAUCUGAUGCCAAUGCUUCAAGCAGUAGUGGUACACAGGAGCGGCGCGAGACCGGCGGGCACGCGCUGACCGCGCCUGACCUGCAGUUGGACUGGGUCUCCGACUCCAGCGAUGAUGACGUGCAAGUGCUGCCCAACCCUGUGAGCCCCAUUCGCGAAGUGAUAGACCUGACGUCAUCGUCAAAGACGUGCGGGUCGCCGUCGCCGCUGCCGUCCCCGCCCCCCGCGCACCGCCCCGCGCUCGACUCCCCCGCGCCACCCCCCGCGCUGCCUCAGCCGCCGCCGCAGGCCGUCACUAGGAACAGAUUCCGUCCCAACUGCGCUUCCUCCUGCCGCGGCUGCUGCUGCUCGCACGCGGCGCACGCGGCGCACGGCCACCACGGCGCGCACGCCCGCCACGCUCAUCACGCGCAUCAUCACGCGGAGGCGCGGCGGCGCGACCCGGUGAUAGCGCCUCCCUACCUCGUGCACGAGAGACUGUGGCAGCGGCAACAUCACAUGCUGGAAGCCCAGCGACGCAGCAUGAUGGCUUCACCAGGCUACGGAGUAGUAUAUGUGGCUCCCCCUUCGGGCUUCCCGCCGCCGCACGCCGCGCCCUUCAUACCGUUCCCGGAUGAGAUCGAGCAAGCGCUGGCACAGGAGCUCACCACCGAUCCACCGAUAGACGACGGCCACAGCGUGCACCACCACCUACACCACUACCUGCAGAUGCACACGCCGCACCUGCACAUCUCCAUACAGCCCUCCGUCAUGCCAACAUCAACAGCGUUCGCCGCGGCGCAUUUCCGCCAAAUGGCGCGCGCGGCGGAAGCGGCGCGGCAUCGCGGUGCCUCGCGAGCCACCAUAGAACGGAACACGUACAGACACGCGUAUAGUGCUAGUGCUGCGAGAGACGAGAAGUGCACUAUAUGCCUGUCUCUGUUUGAAAGAGAUAGCGACUGUCGCCGGCUGCCGUGCAUGCACCUGUUCCACAUGGAGUGUGUGGACCAGUGGCUCAGCACCAACAAGCACUGCCCCAUCUGCCGGGUCGACAUCGAGACGCAUCUCAGCAAGGACGCCGCCUUCUAGACCCUAUGUGAGUGUGAAUAAGGGCGGUUUCUGUGUGUGGACCAGUGGCUCAGCACCAACAAGCACUGCCCCAUCUGCCGGGUCGACAUCGAGACGCAUCUCAGCAAGGACGCCGCCUUCUAGACCCUAUGUGAGUGUGAAUAAGGGCGGUUUCUGUGUGUGGACCAGUGGCUCAGCACCAACAAGCACUGCCCCAUCUGCCGGGUCGACAUCGAGACGCAUCUCAGCAAGGACGCCGCCUUCUAGACCCUAUGUGAGUGUGAAUAAGGGCGGUUUCUGUGUGUGGACCAGUGGCUCAGCACC